AUGAUCCAGCUGAUGGUACUGCUAUACAAUUGGGUGUGGGAAAACGAGGACACGCCAAGAAACUACAGGGGGAUCACACUGUUGAACACAGUAGGAAAAGUGUUCUGUAAGCUGCUGAACGAUAGGAUAGUGGGAGUAUUGGAGAAGGAACAUAGCAUUAGUGAGGGCCAGGCAGGUUUCCGCAAGAAGAGGGGGUGCGUAGACCACGUGUUCACGGUAGGGAGAAUCAUCCAAGGUAGAAAGAGGGCGGGAAAGCCGACGUACUGCUUCUUCCUGGAUAUGAAAAAGGUAUACGACACCGUAUGGAGAAAUGGGUUGUGGAAACAACUGUCCAAAUACGGGAUCAAGGGGAAAAUGUGGAGAGUGCUGAAGAAGAUGACAGAGUGCACGAAAAGCGCGGUCAUGCUAGACGGAGAACUGUCAAAAUUCUUCGACAUUGAGCAGGGGGUCCCACAAGGUUGCACGCUGUCCCCAACAUUGUUCCAGGUGUUCAUCAACGAUCUGUUGGAAGUCGUAGAGGCAGUCCGGAAGGGAGUAAAAGUAGGGG